CACUGUGGGCUAGUGCUUCGAUUCACACGCUUGAUUAACACCGUGAGUGUUUUUAAUCAAAUAUUAAUAAUCUUAGAAAUAGUGGUCGUAGCGGAACUGGGCGGUUUAUUUACACGACGCAGGUUCUUGUUAACUUUUUGAUCCUUUCCAAUAUUGUUCGAUUGGUAAAGAAUCAAAUGAAAACUGUUUGAGCCUUGUCCAACGCGCUGUAAGAUAAUUUGGCGAUAUUGACGGGAGUUGAGAUUUUGGCCAACGGAUAAUUCCUUGAAUUUCCUCAAAGAAAAGAGUCCAACCGCGAAGAUGUACCUGUCACUGUGAGAAAACAUCAACUACAUCACAAAUAUAUCACUAAAAGUUACAUCAUGGCUGAUACUGAAGAACCUCAACCAGAUCCUGUCGAAGGGGAAGGCGAGAAAGCUGAAAAGAGUGAUGGCAAGAAAUCAAGUUUUCCCAAAAGAUACAUUGUGGCAAUUAUGAUUUUUCUUGGAAUCUGCGUACAAUACGCCCUCCGAGUUAAUCUUAGUGUAGCAAUUGGAGCUAUGUGCAAUAACCACACAAUUGAACAAAACGGAUUCACCAUACAGAAGAAAGCAGAAUUUGACUGGAGUUCAAAGCUGCAAGGCACCAUUCUUGGCGCUUUUUAUUACGGCUACACUGCUAUGCAGAUUCCAGGCGGUUGGCUAGGUCAGCGGUUUGGCGGGACUCGCGUAUUCGGGAUCUGCCUUGGGAUCGCUUCGAUUCUUACCAUGCUGACACCGAUAGCUGCGCGAACGAGCGUCGCCGCUCUCAUUACUCUCAGGGUGAUAGAGGGGCUGGCUUUGGGGGCUCUUUUUCCGUGCAACCACGCCAUUUGGAGUAAGUGGGCACCGCCUUCAGAAAGAACACGAUUGUUUACUAUUACCGUUGCAGGUUGUCCUGUGGGUACUAUCCUUUCCAUGCCCUUAAGUGGAAUCAUGUCCAAAUAUGGAUUUGAUGGCGGAUGGGCGUCCGUAUUCUACUGCUUUGGUGCAAUUGGUCUUCUGUGGUUCUUUGUAUGGCAGCUCGCGAUCCAUGGGUCUCCAUCGGAGCAUCCCACAAUCACUCCUGAAGAAAAAGACUAUAUAGAAGAAAGUAUAGCAAAACUUCCUGCUGCAAAGAAAGGCCAGGUUCCAUGGAAAUCAAUUGUUACGUCGGGUCCGGUGUGGGCCAUUAUCACGGCCAACUUCACCGCAGAUUGGGGCAUGUAUACUAUACUGAUCUGUCUCCCUAAAUAUUUCAUCGAAGUUUUGCACUUCGACCUUGCUAAGACUGGGUUCUUGGCGGCCUUGCCGUAUGUCGUUAAAGCAUUUGUUGGACCGUCAGGUGGAGUUCUCGUAGAUUGGCUCAUUAAAAACAAGAUGUCUGUUAGAAAUACGAGAAGAUGCAUCUUUACCGUUGGUUGUACAACUGCUUCACUCUUUAUCCUGAUUACCGGAUAUGCCGAGACUCCGGCUCUUGCCGUUGCAUUUCUUACCAUUGGUGUCGGCAUAACAGGUCUUAACGCCUCGGGUUAUGCCGUCAAUAUCCUGGAUAUUGCACCUCAAUACGCAGGCGUGAUCAUGGGAGUGACUAACGUGUUUGGCGCCUCACCCGGGUUCAUCAGCCCACAGAUUGUUGGGAUUCUGACCCCUAAUAAGACCGCAGGCGAGUGGCGCAUUGUAUUCUGGAUCACAGCAGUAGUGUACAUCAUCGGCAUCGUGAUCUUCGGUCUGCUGGUGUCAGGUGACCUGCAGCCCUGGGCUAACCCAGACGCCGAUAAGAAAGAAGACGAAGGUGAGAAAAAGGAUGGAGACGAGGAGAAAGCAGCUGAAAAACAGGAUAAACAAGAUGAGGAUAAGAAAGACGAAGAAAAACCGGAAGAAGGUCAAGAGGAAGCGAAAAAAGAUGAACCAGCUGAGGACAAACUCGCGGAGUAGUCCUUACUUAGAUAACACUGUGUUUGAUCUGAUCGCAGCCUGUUUUAUUUCUGGAAAUUUAAACCUCGUCAUCAUCCUUGAUAAAUUACAACAUGAGAAUACUUACACUAUCUUUACGUCUUUUUGCUAGACUCCCAGGAAAGCGAUUUAGCGUAGCUGUUUCGCGUUAAACUUACACUUGAAAAUUGUAGACUAUUCAACGUACUUUGCUUUUCCGUGGAUACUCUGAUGUACCAGCGGAGCAGCAAAAUGCGGAGGGAUACAAUCGUUUUAGAAACGUUUUAUGAAUUUUUUUUCUAAAUAUGAUUCUUUCAGCAGAUGCGAUGUCCUGUGUUUAGCAAAUCGGGAGUUGGCUAUUUCUCCCUUAUUUUUAAACAUCUUAUGUUACUCUUCAGAAAGUUUCAGGAUUUCACAUUAUUCUUUCAAACAGCGAGACAAGUAUCCUUGUCAUCCAUUUAUGUUACAAGCACUGGGUAGGAAACCUCUUAUUCUUAAAUUCGUUUGCAGCUGAGAAUGAUAUUUUCAGCAAUUAAGCUUGGUCUAAUAAAUAUUUGACUGAAACAGAAACAACAAGAUGUAUGUUAUGUAUGUUUGGAUAGCUAAAUACAGGUUUUCUCAUUCA